AUGAGGCGCUGCCCGUGCCGGGGGAGCCUGAGCGAGGCGGAGGCGGGGGCGCUGCCCGCGGCGGCCCGCAUGGGGCGGGAGGCGCCGAGAGGGGGGCGGCGGCGGCAGCCCGGACAGCAGCGACCUGGACCCGGCGCCGGGGGCCCGGCGGGACGGCCGGAGGGGGGCGGGCCCUGGGCCCGGACCGAAGGUUCCAGCCUCCACACCGAGCCCGAGAGGGCCGGCUUCGGGCCUGAGCCGGGGACAGAAUCCUGGAUAGACGGACAAGCUGAGCCCGAAGCAGCUGGCCUCGGAGUAGAGACGGAGAGGCCCAGUCAAAAGACGGAGCUAGCCAGGUCCAGCCUCUGCGCACAUCCCCAAAGGAGCAGCCACUGUUCAGAGCUGGUGACGGCCGGUUCCUGGACGGAGACUGGGACAGAUGGCUUUUGGACUCAUCCACACAGGUCGGACCUUCAGUCUCAGCCAGAGAGGGCCAGAGUCUGGACACAGCCAGCGGUUGAUGGGCCCUGGACAGAGCUAAGAACAUAUGGGUCACAGACCCAGCCAGAGAGGGCCAAGACCUGGGCCGAUAACCUCUGGACCCACCAGAGCAGGUCCAGCUUCCGGACUCACCCAGAGGGAGCCUUUCCCUCAACAGAGCCAAGUGCUGAUGGCUCCCAGACUCAACAGGAUGCUGCAACAGCCUGGGAACAGGCUGGCACUUAUGGUUUCCCAGCACAAAAUAUUGAUGGCCCUCAGACGGCGCCUGGGACAGACUGCCUUUUGGGGGAGCCCGACCAAGAUGACCCAUUAGAGGAACCAGAAACUGGGGAGUUGGUGACUCACCUGUACUCUCACCUGAAGUAUAGCCCCCUGUGCCCUGUGCCCCGCCUCAUCAUCACCCCUGAGACCCCGGAACCUGAGGCCCAGCCAGUGGAACCCCCAUCCCAAGUUGAGGGGGGCAGUGGCGGCCUAUCCUCUGCCUCCUCUUUUGACGAGUCUGAGGAUGACGUGGUGGCUGGGGGCGGAGGUGCCAGCGAUCCCGAGGACGGGUCUGGGAGCAAGCCAUGGAAGAAGCUGAAGACUGUUCUGAAGUAUUCACCCUUCGUGAUCUCCUACCGUAAACACUACCCUUGGGUCCAACUUUCUGGACAUGCUGGGAACUUCCAGGCAGGAGAGAAUGGUCGGAUUCUGAAACGUUUCUGUCAGUGUGAGCAGCGCAGCCUGGAACAGCUGAUGGAAGACCCUCUGCGGCCUUUUGUGCCAGCCUACUAUGGCAUGGUGCAGCGGGAUGGCCAGGUGUUCAACCAGAUGGAAGAUCUCCUGGCAGACUUCGAGGGCCCUUCCAUCAUGGACUGCAAGAUGGGCAGCAGAACCUACCUGGAGGAGGAGCUGAUGAAGGCACGAGAGCGGCCUCGGCCCCGGAAGGACAUGUAUGAGAAGAUGGUGGCUGUGGACCCUGGCGCUCCCACCCCCGAGGAGCAUGCUCAGGGUGCAGUCACCAAGCCCCGCUACAUGCAGUGGAGGGAAACCAUAAGCUCGACCUCUACCCUGGGCUUCCGGAUUGAGGGCAUCAAGAAAGCUGAUGGGACCUGUAACACCAACUUUAAGAAGACACAGGCACUGCAGCAGGUGACAAAGGUGUUGGAGGACUUUGUGGACAGGGACCACGGCAUCCUGAGAAAGUACGUGGCACGCCUGGAAGAACUUCGUGAAGCUCUGGAGAACUCCCCCUUCUUCAAGACCCAUGAGGUGGUGGGCAGCUCCCUUCUAUUCGUGCACGACCACUAUGGCCUGGCCAAGGUUUGGAUGAUCGACUUUGGCAAGACAGUGGCUCUGCCUGACCACCAGACGCUCAGCCACAGGCUGCCCUGGACUGAGGGCAACCGUGAGGACGGCUACCUCUGGGGCCUGGACAACAUGAUCCACCUCCUUCAGGGGUUGGCCCAGAGUUGACCACUUAGCCACUGCCAGGCUUAUUUAUUGGAUGGUGCCAGUCUGGCUGAAGGAGCCCUGAGAUGCCAUGGGGGCCUGAGGUUGGCGAUGGGGGAGCUGAUCUCCAGGGAUGCGGGAGGUUGUGUUGUAACAUAAGACCAGUGUGGAAACUCAGAAGGGCCUUGGGAGGCCAUGUAGCGCCUGGCCCCCUCAUGAUACAGGGGCUGUGAGGACCUCAGGAGGAGCAUGACAAGGCCGAAUCAUGCUGAGUCAGCAAAACCAGAACUAGGUCUCCUGACCAGACAGGAAGGUUUCUGAGGACCUGUUGGAAGCACAGCUAAACCAUGCCUUGAGAGAAUACAAUUCAGAUGUCACAGUGUACAGGCAUGACACAGUGCCUAUGGCCGUAUGAAUGACAUAACCUGGGUCAGGUCAUGUUCAUCUUUGUUGCCCCAGAGGACCGGGCAUCAUUUGUGAACAAACACAGGAGCCACUUAUCCACCUGGGGAGAGUGACAGCCCAAUCUCUUCAUCUGAGGGUCACUCAAGAGCUGAGGCACACAGGUUCUGAGGAGGGUGUGACACCAUUUGAUGGGCCUGCUGACACUGCCCAAGGUCUGACACUGCUGACUGGGGCGUGGUUCAUCUCUGUCCUGCCCUGCCAUGGCACUAUGGGAUCCUCCCUGCUCCUUGGAGUAUUCUGCUGACCUCCUGCUGACCAAAACCACAGCCACAUCCCAGCCUCAGUGCCAGCACUCUGACCAGUACAACCUCAUUCCUUGGUGCACCUGAUCCAGCCUCAGGACUUCCUCCGCUCCUGACCCCUGGGCUUCUCUGUCUCCUUCCUCCUAGCAAAUGCAGUAGCAAGGAGGAGCUUCAGAGACAGGGGAAGCAGAUUUCCUCCUUGGGAAUCAGAGCUGCCUUGUUCGGGAGGACCUCCAUCUGAUCCUGGACCCCUGCAAAGCACCUGGCUUGGGCCAGAAGCACAGGGUGGAUAGGGCUACUAGUUGUAACCCUGGACUUGUAACAUGGUCCAGACCAAAGACUCUAAAAACCUGAGGUUUGGCUAACGGCCCCUCUAUCCCACUGCUCCAGCACCUAUAACUUCCCUAAGAGGCACCUACCUCUUCCCUAAGCUGAAGCUCUAAUGCUUUCUUCCAGGGUUGAGGAGAUGUACUCCUUUUCUACUGACCAUCUUUAUACUUAUGAGAGAUAGUUGUUAGAUGUAGUGUUGGGGAAGUAGGAGAAAAAAUGGCUUCACUGUGCCUCCCACCCACAACAGCACUUAAAUAAAUAAGACAAAACCAG